AUGGCAACACCUAACAAUAAACAACAAAUACCAAUUGUUGACGACAAUAAUUGGAAAGCAUCACUUGUUUUACCACCAAAAGACGAAAGAAAACAAACAGAGGAUGUUACAGCGACCGAAGGAAAUGAGUUUGACGAUCUUCAUCUCAAGAGAGAUCUUUUAAGAGGUAUCUUUGAGAAGGGAUACGUCAAGCCAUCGCCAAUCCAAGAGAAAGCAAUCCCCAUUGCACUAACCGGUAAAGACAUUAUGGCUAGAGCAAAGAACGGAACUGGUAAGACCGCAUCGUUCUUGAUCCCCGCAUUGGAAAAGACCGACCCCACCAAAGAUUAUAUUCAGGUUUUGAUUUUGGUGCCAACCAGAGAGUUGGCUCUCCAAACCUCACAGGUCUGUAAAGAAUUAGGAAAAUAUAUGAACGUCAAAGUAAUGGCAAGCACUGGUGGUACCAGUUUGAAGGAUGAUAUUAUGAGACUGUAUGAAACCGUACACAUUUUGGUUGCCACUCCUGGAAGAGUUCUUGAUUUGGCACAAAAGAGUGUUGCAAACUUGAAUAAUACUCAUACUAUGAUUAUGGAUGAAGCCGAUAAAUUGUUGUCACCAGAAUUCCAACCAUUGAUAGAACAAUUGAUUCACUUUUUACCAGCACAAAGACAGAUUCUCCUUUUCUCAGCUACAUUCCCAGUCACUGUCAAGGCAUUCAAGGAAGCCUAUCUCCAAAAGGCAUACGAGAUCAACUUGAUGGAGGAGUUGACUUUGAAGGGUGUCACUCAAUACUACGCAUUUGUUGAGGAGCGUCAAAAGAUCCAUUGCUUGAACACCUUGUUCAGCAAGUUGCAAAUCAACCAGUCAAUCAUCUUUUGUAACUCUGUGAACCGUGUCGAGUUGCUCGCCAAGAAGAUCACCGAUCUCGGAUACUCGUGCUUCUACAUCCACGCCAAGAUGCUCCAGGCUCAUCGUAACCGUGUCUUCCACGACUUUAGAAACGGUCACUGCCGUAAUCUUGUUUCAUCCGAUCUUUUCACCAGAGGUAUCGAUAUUCAAGAUGUCAACGUCGUCAUCAACUUUGACUUCCCCAAGCACUCUGAGACUUACCUACAUCGUAUUGGUCGUUCUGGUCGUUUCGGUCAUCUCGGUCUCGCCAUUAAUCUCAUCACCUACGAAGAUCGUUUCUCAUUGCACAAGAUUGAGCAAGAGUUGGGUACCGAAAUCAAACCAAUUCCACCAGUUAUUGACAAAUCUCUCUAUGCUGUAUGUAGCAUUUUUAAUGCACAAAUGGUAGAGAUAAAUAAUUCUUGGAAUACUGAGAUUAAUAAUAUUAAUAAUAAUAGUAAUAAUCAUUGUAUAAAUGAAAAUAGUUUAUUGUUAGACCAAAAUAUAGUUGAUGAAAUAAACAACAAUGAAAGCUAUGAAGAGAUAAAUAAUUUAGUAGAUUCAUAUUGUUGUCGUUGUUUAUGUUUUCGAGGAUUUAAAUUACCACCAAAGGAAAGCACAGAAUAUCUACGGUACUAUGUGAUUGGCUUGACUGUUGCAGAGUCUGCGAGGUUUGUGGCAACCGAUUGUCUGGUCACCAACCAAAGCAUUGUCAGCAUUGAAAACUCUACACAUUCCUGCACACAUUUCAAUAAUCGAAUAUGGUGGUACUCCAAGCAGAUGGCAAGCGAAUCUCAGUUUUUCCAUUAUGUAAGCAACGGUAGUGCAGAGUCUGGUUAUGGAUCAUCGAGCGAUUCACUAUCCACCGAUAUCAACGAUGGAAAUCCAUGUUACUUUGGACAAAACCAAAUAAAAUUCUAUGAUAACAGACGAAAAUCUGUUGCGGAUCAACAAAUCAUUUAUGGUCUGGGCUCAGAGCAUUACUCAUGGGUCUACAACUAUGUACAUAAUUUUCAAGUAAACUCGAGUUAUCGCUGUUACUUUGAUCCAGAGAAUACUGAGCAUGUUCUGUGGUUCCAUCCAGUUCUUUUUACUGUGCACACAUUACUGCCAUUCUGUUUUUUCGGAAGUCUGUCAUUGAUGUUCUUUGCACUCUCUCUCUGUUUUCAGUCAUUGAGACGUGUUAAAAUCGUUCGGUCUUUUCGAUUUUAUGAUAUGUCUCACCACCCAAGUUUACCAACUUUAGGCUUUGUAUUCGUUUCAAAGACAAUUCUUGGAUUCGAGAUGGAGAAUGAUAAUAUAAAAACUACGAAUCUAUUUAAACAUAUAUUAAAGAAUCAAUAUGUUAGAUGUAAAAUAUUUGAUUUUAUUCAUUGGAUUCAUGUUUUUAGAUUUGGUAAGCAAUUCAUUGUCUAUGCUCGUGUUGGUUACGAUGGGUUCAAACGAAAGGUUCUCCGGUAUGAACAGUGUUGGAGUGUAAAGUGGUUGACAGAGAAUCGGUAUCUAGAGUUGAUUAUCGAUCGUUUAAAGAGGAACAAACGUUUGCGUUUUGGUUGUGGUGACUUGAUAUUAAAGACUGUCGAGUUGGUAGAGAAUGUGGCGCAGUUUGCAUUCCUAUCGCGACGAAUCGGUAAUCUUAUUGAAGGCAAUGGAUACAGACUGUUGAAUGCACUCGCUCUCUGUCCGAACGAUGUAUUACUGGCGUUGGGCGAUCACAAACUGGCCAGCGAUUAUCUUGGCAGCAGUUCAGAUCCACUUGAUAAAUCUUCGGAACGUGGUCAUCUCGCGAUUGUUGAGUAUUUACAUUCGGUUGGAGCAAUCGCAACAAAGAUGGCCAUGGACAAAGCCGCUACAAACGGGCACUUGGAGGUGGUGCGGUUCCUGCAUGAAAACAGAUCUGAGGGAUGUAGUGAGUCGGCAAUUGAUGGCGCUUCGGGCAACGGCCAUUUGGAGGUGGUAAAGUUCUUGUACUAUAACCGAUCGGCGUCAUGCACAGGUGCAGCGAUUCGAUUGGCCUGCAAAAACAAUGCCGAUGGCUCGAUGAUAUCGUUCCUCUUGGAUCAACCGCGUCUGGUUGGCCAAACCACAGAAUACACAGCCAUCAAUUAUGCUCUAGAAAACAGAGAUCCAAACUAUCCCGACUAUCCUGCUCUUGAAUAUAAGCGUGAUAGUGUCGACAUGGCAGCGAUGUUUGGAAACUACGAACUCUUUGUUUACCUAAUGGAGAAAGAUCGAUCCGUUGGUUUCAAAGAUGCCUAUGCCUAUGCUAAAACCUUUCAUUACCACGAUAUUCUAAGAUAUAUCAAAGAAAAUAAAUUAAAAGAUAAUAAUAAUUCAGUUUUAAAAAGAACAGUGUCCCCAAAUAAAAAAUUAUUUAAUGAUUAUUUUGUUGUAGAUGAAAUUUAUAAGUUAGCCACCAGAAUCAACGGUCCUUUGCCAAUGCAUGAGGAGACACUAACCUUGUUUGAAACAAUCAGAUUAGAUCUAUCAACUAAUUUGGCUGCAUACUACUGUGCAUCCAAUGAAUUAGCUCAUAGUCAAGGUGCUAAAUAUAAGACUCCUCACACAGCUUUUAAUCCAUAUACGAUUACAUCAUUAGAGCGUACUCAGCUCCUUCAUUAUUUUAAUCAUCGCUAUUAUGGUACCCAAAUGAUCCCUAAAGACUUUAAUGAUGGAUUUUUCAUCUUUAGUCAUCAUUACAACCACACAACAACCAAUAUUCCUAUUUUGCCUCGACUUGGUGGAAAUAUUGACGAAUGUUUCCAUUCUAUAGACAAGAAUGAAAUUUUAGAUGAUCUCAAAAAUGGUCUACCAACUCAAUGGGAGCAGAACAACAAAAUCGAUUUAAUAAGACAAAGUCAGAAUGGUCUUUUAGAGUAUGGUUUUUUUGAUAGCAAUGAAGAAGCAGAGGAAUGGAGAUAUCAUAUUUGUAUAAUUUUAUAA